AUGCUCGGUCUCGGUGACUAUGAGAGCAGCAGUGAUGAGGAGGUAGAGCACAAGGGUCCUUCAUCCAAUUCCCAGCACCAGAAGGAUAUUCCACCUACAGCCUCACAAGCUGGCCAAAUCGAAGGUAACAUGCCUCUGAAUUCCCCGCGGGCCAGUAAGCUCCAAGAGUUUGCGCUGACAAUUUAUCCAGAUAAUAAACAAUCGCACCAACAACAGACAGACACAGGAUUCCACGUUGCCACUGAUUCAGUCCCAGAAGGACCUGUCCUUGGCCCCGCUUCUAUCGACAUGGCGCCGCUCUCGGAGGACAAGCAUUCGACAAGCGGACGCUCAUCUCCCUUUUCGGCUUCACGAGGACUCGUUCAAGACCUUACUCUCCCUCCAGUUCCCAAUUUAGACAUCCCGCCAUCACCUCCUGGGUCUCCCAACCCAGCCGCGAGCGCGAAAUUCGAGCAUUUCCUCUCGCUCAAAAAGCAAGGCGUACACUUCAACUCCAAAUUGGCCAGCUCGUCAUCGCUCAAGAACCCAAGCUUGCUGAAGAAGAUGAUGGAACAUGCUGGGAUCAAUGAACAAUCGCAAUAUGACACCUCGCUGCUAGCCGACUUAUGGAAUCCCUCCAGUCUACCUAAAUGGGGUUUCAAAGAAGAGCUCUUACGAACCCAACAAGAUUUCCGCAAACAAUCGGAGGAGAAAAAGGCAUCAGGCCAGCGAAGCUCAGUUGAUUUUGUCUCUGGGUCUGCCUGA